AACCUGCAUUUCCUUACUUCCUUCCUCUCUUCCUUCGUCCUCUUAAAACCUUCUGAAAAUCUUAACCCUAACUUCUUCCUCCUUCUUCAUCUUCCUCCAUGGCCACCAACACAACUACAGAGAAUGGCUCCACUGAUGCCGACGCCCUCAAUUCUAGCCCCCAACUUGCCUUUGAAGCUGCUCCCGAACCGGACUCUACGGAAGCCGGUGGCGCCGAAUCCGACAUUGAUCCCUCUAACCAAGUCUAUUUAUCGGCUCCCGCUUCGGAUUCUGUACCUCAUGAAAGUCCCAAUCAUGCUGUCGCUUCCGAUAAAAAGUGGCCUGGAUGGCCCGGAGACUGCGUCUUCCGGCUUAUUGUACCGGUCGUUAAAGUCGGCAGCAUUAUUGGGCGCAGGGGCGAUCUUAUCAAGAAGAUCUGUGAGGAAACUAGGGCUAGAAUUCGUGUUCUUGAUGGUGCUGUUGGCACUCCUGAUCGCGUCGUGCUAAUUUCAGGAAAAGAAGAGCCUGAGGCACCCCUUUCCCCUGCAAUGGAUGCAGUUUUAAGAGUCUUUAAACGUGUGUCUGGAUUUUCUGAGAAUGAAGAUGAGGCUAAAGCUUCGUUCUGUUCAGUCCGGUUACUGGUGGCAUCAACUCAAGCAAUCAAUCUAAUUGGAAAGCAGGGUUCAUUAAUCAAAUCUAUACAGGAGAGUACAGGGGCUUCUGUGAGAGUUUUAUCAGGAGAUGAGAUGCCAUUCUAUGCUGGUCCGGAUGAGAGAAUGCUGGAAUUGCAGGGAGAAACCUUAAAGGUUCUCAAGGCUCUAGAGGCAGUGGUGGGCCACCUAAGGAAGUUUUUAGUUGAUCAUAGCGUUCUUCCUCUAUUUGAAAAGAGUUUCAAUACACCUGCCUCACAAGAUUGCCAAACGGAUGCCUGGGCUGACAAGUCCUCACUUCUUUCUGCAUCUCGAAGUGUAAUCUCCAACGAGUAUCCUCCAUCUUCAAAAAGAGAAUCUCUGUUUAUUGACCGAGAAACUCAUCUUGAUUCUCAUAUUUCAUCCUCUGGUAUUUCUCUCUAUGGACCAGAUCGAGUGCUUCCUGCAAUUCGAUCAUCAGGUGUUGGUCGCUCCGGUGUGCCUAUUGUCACUCAGGUCACGCAGACAAUGCAGAUCCCGUUAUCUUAUGCUGAGGACAUCAUUGGGGUUGGAGGAGCAAAUAUUGCAUUCAUCCGCCGCAAUAGUGGUGCAAUCUUAACCAUCCAAGAGAGCAGGGGAUUGCCGGAUGAAAUCACUGUGGAAAUAAAAGGCACUUCGUCACAAGUUCAGAUGGCUCAACAAUUAAUUCAGGAAGCAAUAAGUGGCCCUAAGGAACCAGUAACAACCAGCAGCUAUGGCAGGCUAGACACCGCAGGCUUGAGGUCAUCAUACUCCCAGUUGGGUGCUUCAGGUUCAUCCUACACUUCAUCCUCUUUAUCAUCACAAUCAUAUGGUGGUUAUGUGUCAUCUGGGUUAGGAGGGUACAGUACCUUCAGGCUCUAAAUUGACUGAUCUGCAGAUUCAUAUCCACUCGGAUUUGACACGCAUCGUAUUAAUUCUUGUCUGUUAAGAGGAUGAAUGAAUCAUGUUGGAAUGUAGUUCUUGUAAAGUCAGCCUAAAGUAGUUGAAAAAACGUUUUUACCCUCAUGCAUAUUGAAACUGAUUUAGCUGGGUAGAUUUGUCUUACGUUUCUUCUUUUUCCCUU